AUGGGCAACUCGACGGGCUGCACGGUGGAUGACCUGCAAGCGGUCGAGAUGCACUUGUGGUACAAAAAGUUUAUGACGGAAUGCCCGUCGGGGCAGCUCACCCUGCACGAGUUCAAGCAGUUCUUCGGUCUGAAAGGCCUGGACUCGGAGGCGAACGCGUACGUCGAGCAGAUGUUCCGCACUUUUGACAUGAACAAGGACGGCUACAUCGACUUCAUGGAGUACGUGGCGGCGCUCAGCCUGGUGAUGCGCGGCAAAAUGGAGCACAAGCUACGCUGGUAUUUCAAGCUCUACGACGUGGACGGCAACGGUUGCAUCGACCGACACGAGCUGCUCAACAUCAUCAAGGCUAUUCGCGCUAUUAACGGUAACGACAACCAGGAGGUGACGGCGGAGGACUUCACCAACAGCGUCUUCAACAGGAUCGACAUCAACGGCGACGGCGAGCUGUCACUCGAAGAGUUCGUGGCGGGCGCGCGUACCGACGAAGACUUCAUGGAAGUGAUGAUGAAGAGUCUGGACCUGACGCACAUCGUGGCCAUGAUUCACAGCAGGCGGCACAGCGUUUAG